AAUGAAAUAAUUGAAAACUGUGUGCGAACGUGUUAAAAAUCCCGCUAAACCCAAUUCUCUGUGAUUAUAAGCGAUAAACACGUUUGGUUAGCCACUUGAAAACUGUAAACGUUGGCGCUGUGAGGCCAACAAAAAAAAGUGUUCGACCAGAACAAAAGAGAAAUUUUUGUGCGUGUCACCGUCCGUCAUCCGCCACCCUCUUGAAAGGCCUGCGCUGCGCUGCGCAGUGCUGCGAUCGGCAAGGAAACAACACAAACGGUAAAGGUAAACGUUGUCAAAAUGCAAUAGACUUUGCCCGAUUUUCAUGAGUUUCCCAUUGUGACGGACGGCAGGUGAAAGUGUCAAUAUUAUUUUAGAGAAGAACUACGCAACAAGCAAACAACAUACGGCAACUGCCAAAAAGAUAGCGAGAAUAAUAUACGUAAGAGCUGCCAAACUGAGUGAGAGAUAUGCCUGAAGGAGAUCAGCCACAGAAGGCCAUGGAUGAGCAACAGGAGCAGUCACAGCCGCCCAGUGAUGCCAGCACAGAGGAGGAGCCACUGCAGAACCAGUCCCAGCAGCAUACCACAUCACCAGAAUUAAUUGUCACAGAACUUUCCGCCGAAGAGAUACGUGCACGUCGCUUGCGCACUUUGGCGGCUAGAAGCAACGUGUCCCAACCAACUGCCACGGCCCCUUUAGCAGAAGAGAAGGCACCACGCAAUCCGCCCAGCGAAUCGCGAUUGGUGCGCGAGGUGUCGGCCAGCUCGAAGGCAGUGCCCAUAACAUGGCCAGAACUGGGCAGCAGCAACAACAACAGCAGCAGCAAGGCCGACAUGGAUGUCGAAAUGAAAUCGGUUGUAUCAACGCCCAUACAGGAUGUAGAAAUGACAGCUGCACCCGUCGCAUCAGCAUUGUGCUUACCACCCAUCGCCGUACAGAACAAUUCGGCGGAACCGCCCCAGACGCCGCAGGCCGUGUCUAACACGGAGCCGUCGCGACUGAAGAGCUUGGAUGAGCGCAGUGAGCAGCUGUUGUCCAAGCUGUUAAAUGCAACGUGGAAUGAAUAUGGUAGUGGAUCGAUUAUUUGUGCACAGACAGCUAGCUUUUUGGAACUGUAUCCGGCGCUGCGCUUCAAUUUUGAGCCAAUCAUAUCGAGUGUGCUGCUAGAGACGGCCUACAAGUUCUACAAUGAUGAGGUGGACGAUAGCUUCAAGGUCGAGGGCGAGGCGACAUUGACGGCCACCGGUCUGGGCGAUGCCAAUGGUGAUGACAAGGAAUUCUCCUCAGCCAAAAAGAUCAAAAGCGACGAUACCGAAGUCCAGGAAAUACUCGCCAAUGCUGUUGCUUCCAGUGCCACCGCCGAAGAGGAUCCCCGCGCCAGCGCCAGUGCCACGCCCAGCCAGACCGAGAUGCCGUCGGGCGAUACGGGUGUUGCUUGUGUGGUUCCCACACCUCUGAACAUCGUGACCACCUCCAAGCACAAUGCAAUGCUCCACUUGUUGCGCUGCUAUCAAAACUAUCACACUGAGCGCGAGAGGGGCAACAGAGCUCAAAUGGAUCCCGACGAGCAACGCAUUCAGCAGGUGUUGCGGCUAGCCUUUGAUAAUAUUAUGCGGAUGGCGGUGCUGAUUUUGACGGAUCGCAUACAGCACAAUCUCAACUAUCAGCUGGAUCAGUCCACACUCCUGGAGCUGAUGUAUAUGGAUCGUGUGAGCGAGGCGUUUCUCAUCGAUCUGGUGGCCGAAACACAUCAACAGACCGGCGUGUUUGACACUAUUUUUGGCCAAUUGCUGCGUGGCCUUUUCAGUGGCAUGCAACGCAACAUUUGCAACUCGAAGAUCAACACCCAACAGAUCGAAUGGCUGGCCAAACUGAUGGUCAUCAAGGUGGGCAAUGUGCGACCCAUAGCCGAUUUGUUAUCCCGCCAGCCCAACUAUAUACCGCCCAUAUGUACCAAGAUACCGGGGCGUGAAAUCGUCAAAUGUAGCUUCCUCGGACCCUUUCUGUCCGUUUCACUGUUUGCCGAGGAGAAUGUCAAGUUCGCGGAGUUCAGCACCAAAAACAAACUCGAGGAUACGGCCACCUCGCGGCUGCGUUGGGAGCUGCACUCGAUGCGCAAUCACAUGCACACCGUUUUCCAUUCGCUGUGCGUUAACGCCAGUAGCCGUCCCAAGACACUGGAGUACAUCUCCCAGAUCCUGCGAUACAACGAUCGCCGCGUGCAGUUCGCCAGCGAUGAGAAGCUACUCGCUCGCGAUGGUUUCGUUAUCAAUUUGAUGAAUGUGCUGCAGCAGUUGUCGGUCAAGAUCAAACUGGAUCGCAUCGAGCCGAAUUUCCACUAUUAUAGCAACUCACUGGUCAACAUUGAACAGGACACAAAGAUCCGUUACAGCGAGGAGGAGUACAAGAGCUUUUUGGCUCGUGAUUUUGCAACACCAGUAUCGAAUGUGAACUUCCAGACACAAUGCUGGUUCCUCACACUGCAGGCGCAUCAUCUUGGCUAUCUGCCGGCCAUACAGCGCUAUCGCCAAAAGGUGCGCGCCAUAAAGGAGCUGCAGAAGCUAAUUGACGAACUGGAUCGCACCAAGCCGCAUUGGGUCAACUCUCGUUAUGCCAAUCGCAACAAUCAGUUCAAGGAGCGUUGGGAAAAGCAGCUGCGCAAACUAAAUCGCUCAAAGACGUGCAGUGAGAUAACGCUGCUUGAUCCAGCGCUGCUGCAGCGCUGCACCGAAUUCUAUUCGACGGUGUGCGAGUUUAUGCUUUACCAAUUUGAGGGGCGUGCCAUUGAGGGACCGUUUAUCUCGAAGCUGCCGGUGCAGCAACUGAAACCGACUGACGCAUUUUCCGCACUGCCCGAGUGGUAUAUCGAUGAUAUUGCCGAGUUCAUAUUGUUUGCCAUGCAGCAUGCCAAUGUGGACAUAAGGCAGGGCAUCGAUCAUUCGAUCAUCACGUGGCUGCUGACUUGUGUCUGCGCUUCGCAUCUCAUCAAGAAUCCCUAUGUAACUGCCAAGUUAGUUGAGGUCAUGUUUGUCUUCUCGCUGAAGCCGGCCAAUUCGGUAAAUACAGCGAUGUGGAAUCAUGAGCUGGCACAGAAUGCACUGGUCAGCGCACUAAUGCGAUUUUAUGUGGACGUAGAGACAACUGGCCAAAGCACUGAGUUUUACGAUAAGUUUACUAUAAGAUACCACAUUAGCCAUCUGUUCAAAUCCAUGUGGGAGAAUCCCAUACAUCGACAGGCUGUUAUCUGUGAGUCGAGGCAGGGCAAUCAGUUUGUCAAGUUUGUCAAUAUGCUAAUGAAUGACACAACCUUCCUGCUGGACGAAUGCCUUGAAAAUCUAAAGCGCAUUCAUCUAACGCAACAGCUGAUGUCCGACGUGCAGAACUGGAGCGGCAUGAGUGCCGAGCAGCAGCAGAGUCGCCUCACCCAGCUGGCAACGGAUGAACGACAAUGCCGUUCAUAUUUAACGCUUGCCCGCGAGACUGUUGAUCUAUUUCAUUAUCUAACUAGCGAUAUCAAGGAACCGUUUAUGCGCGCCGAGCUGGUUGAUCGCCUGAGCUCAAUGCUUAACUUUAAUUUAAAACAAUUAGCUGGACCCAAGUGCAACGAUCUGAAAGUGAAGAACCCAACCAAAUAUGGCUGGGAGCCGCGCAGCUUGUUGGCCCAAAUCUUUGACAUAUAUCUCCACCUGGACUGUGAUAGAUUCGCGCAGGCUUUGGCCGCCGACGAGCGCUCAUUCGAUGUGCACAUUUGCAACGAGGCGGCGUCCCGCAUCAAACGCCUAGCACUACGCUCCGGCGUGGAGGUGGAGCGCUUCAAAGCGCUCACCCAGAGAGCUCAUGAGAUUUACGUUUCAAAUCAACAGACUGAGGAUGAAUGCGCCGAUGCGCCCGAUGAGUUUAAGGAUCCGCUAAUGGAUACACUGAUGUCGGAUCCGGUUGUAUUGCCCUCUGGCACCAUUAUGGAUCGUGCAAUUAUCACACGUCAUCUGCUCAAUAGCUGCACGGAUCCGUUCAAUCGGCAACAUCUCACCGAAGACAUGCUGGUGCCCAAUAUUGAGCUGAAGCAGCGCAUCGAUGCAUGGCGCAAGGAGCAGCGCGGCAAGCGGCAGAACAAUAGCUAAGCUAAUCUACAGGCAUACGACGUAGUAGUUUAAUGUGCAGUUUUAGUGUCUACCUAUAUCUCUAUACAAAUAUAUAUGCUAUUAUUAACUGAA